AUGACCGAGAUAAAGAAAACGGACGUGUUCAUUAGCGGUGGUGGGCCUACUGGUUUGCUUACUGCGUAUGCACUUGCUAGACAGGAGCAACAUGACAAAGCCCAACAGGCAAUGUAUGGCCGCGCAACAACUCUCCACCCACGCACGCUUGAAUUGCUGGAUCAAUUGAGUAUAUUAGACGACCUGAACCAAAUUGGCUAUGUGGCCCGUGACAGUGUGACGUACAGGGACGGCAAGCGGGUGUCGUCUAGAGGCUGGGAAAUUAUGUACCAGCAUAUGCGUGGCACGUUCCUGGAUUAUUGUUUGAAUAUUCGCCAGAAGUUCUCGGAGGAGGUAAUUCGUGAUGCAUAUGUAUCGCUUCGAGGCGAGCCGUACAUCGGUUGGAGAUUAGACGGCUUCACCGUUGAGGAAGCCUGUGAUGAUGAUUAUAAAGUCGUCUCGCAUGUGACAGAGGUUUGUUCGGGUAGAAGCUUGACGGUGAGAAGGUAUGUGAGCAAUCAUCAAUCAAUGUUGCUCGAGAGGCCUAUACUGAUAUUGCUGAUUAGUAAAUUCAUUGUUGGCGCGGAUGGUAGCCACUCGCUUGUGAGACGCCUUGCCGGUAUUCCAUUUGAAGGCGACCACACAAACUUUCGAUGGGUACGCAUUGAUGGGCGCUUCAAGACUGAUAUGCCUGAGGCUGAUAUUGGCUUCGCCUCCAUUGAGUCCAAAAGUCAUGGGAAUGUGCUCUGGGUUCAAUUAGAUCAUGGCGUGAAGCGGAUCGGAUGUGCUAUGACACCGGAAAUGCUCGCCAGAUACGGGGACAAGCUUACACUUGAGGACGCGAAGGUGGAGGCUGUCAAGUCUAUGGAGCCAUUUUCGUUGGAAUUUGAAACUAUUGACUGGUGGACCUUGUAUGGUAUCAAUCAGCGCGUAGCAGAGUGCUUUUAUAACAACGACUGUGUGUUACUAGCAGGCGACGCCUGUCAUACGCACUCAUCUGGCACAGCACAGGGCAUGAACACAGGCGUUCAUGAUGCAGUGAAUCUAGCGUGGAAGCUCGGCGGCAUCGUGAAAGGCUGGUAUAAUGAUGAUGUGCUUCGCAGCUAUGAUACAGAGCGACGUCCUGUAGCGCAGCAUCUAAUCGACCUUGACAAGGACUUCUCGGCUACCAUAUCGGGUACCGUUCCUGACAGGUACAAGGAUCUAUCCUUAAGCUCAAACGAGCUGUUUGCCAAGGUCUUUGAUGACACGAUAGAUUUCUGUAUUGGGUUGGGAAUCCACUAUAACGAGAGUACCAUCAACAAGACUUCCCUAACAACGGCAAUUUCAGCAGGCUGGAGGGCUCCAGAUGCUUUGGUAUAUGCCCCUGGAUCACGACUACCUGUUAGAUUAUUCCACCUAAUGCCGAACGUUGGUGCUUGGUCGAUUCUUCUCCUCGCUGGACAUCCUGAGAAAACUAGGCAAAGUCUCAUUCGUGCCGUGGAGAUGGUGAAACAGCUCAGCGAAAGCCUUCCUCGCGAAAUGAUUCGAUCUCUCACUGUGGUUGCCCAGAGUCCUGCUGGAGGAGACCAGAGGUUCAGUAUUCCAACAAUAGGUCGACUCUAUUAUGAUCCAGAGGGCUCCGCUCAUGCUGCCUAUACGGUGUCUGAUAGCAAUGGCGCAGUUGUCGUUGUUCGACCUGAUGGAAUCCUGGGUUAUGCAACACAGCUUGACGAAGCGAGUAAUGUCAUUAAAUAUUUUGCCGGCUUUAUUACUCGGUGA